GUCCCAAUCAAAUGUUUUCUUUAUAACUUUUUUUUUAGCUUAACUGAAUUACCGUUCUGAACUUCUGAUUUAAUCGAAAAUCGUAAUUUUCUCUUCCUUUGUACUGCCAGCGAAGCUUCAUGUGAACUCGAAUGCCAGUCAGUGAUCUGAGAGUCAAAAGUUCUUCACAACUCAGCAAUUAGGUCAAUCCUAUGCUGUCUUGUUUCUCAUCAGAUAGAGCAAGACAGCUUGAAGCUUCCUUCAUCUUUCCAAAGAAUAAGAAGAUUUGGAUGCCCAAUUGUAAAUUCGUCAGUUUGAUUUCUGUCCACAAUUAUCUUUGCCCAACACCCGUUUGUUUAUUUGACUGAAUCAACAAGUUAACUACACUAUAGCAAUUCCAAGAACUUCUUUGAAGCAGAUAGAAUUAAGGGUCGUCCUUUGAUUCAAGAAAUAUCUAUCUUUUAUGGGUAAAGGAGGAGGGUGUGUUCCAAGCAAGAAAAGGGCACCUUUGGGUGCAUCUGAUCAAGAUGCACCAAACCCAGUGAGAGAUGGGUCAAUCCCAAUUGGGGGUCAAAACCCUAGUACUGAUGCAACAGCUCCAUUUCAAGAUGGGGCUUUGGGAACUGUCGAGAGGAAGUUGAGAAUAUUCAUUGUGUUCUAUUCAAUGUAUGGGCAUAUUGAGGUUUUGGCAAGGAGGAUGAAGGAAGGGGUUGAUGGGAUAGAUGGUGUUGAAGGGGUGUUGUACCGGGUACCGGAGACGAUGUCACCGGAGGUUUUGAAGCAGAUGAGAGUUCCCCCUAAGGGUGAUGAGAUUCCGGUGAUAUCGGUGGAGGAAUUGGUGGAGGCUGAUGGGUUGUUGUUUGGGUUUCCAACAAGGUAUGGUAGUAUGGCAGCACAAAUGAAGGCGUUUUUCGACUCCACAGGGGGUUUGUGGAACGAGCAGAAGCUUGCUGGGGUGCCUGCAGGGUUCUUUGUGAGUACUGGUACACAAGGAGGAGGGCAAGAGACCACUGCUUGGACAGCAAUCACGCAGCUAGCGCACCAUGGUAUGGUGUAUGUUCCAAUUGGAUACACAUUUGGAGCUGGAAUGUUCAAAAUGGACUCCAUUAGAGGGGGUUCUCCCUAUGGUGCAGGAGUUUUUUCUGGGGAUGGCACGAGAGAACCAAGUGAAACGGAGCUGGCACUUGCAGAGCAUCAGGGAAAGUACAUGGCUACGAUAGUUAAGAGAUUUUCUCAUCGCUUCUCAGCCAAGCGUGAUCACCGCAUUAGCUAGCCCAGUUAAGUGUCUCUAAAUGUUCCUUCUGUUCAUUCAAAGUAUAUACACUCUGUAUGGUAUAUGCAUUCCUUGUGUCGAUAGAAUUUGGUUAGUGGUGUUGAUAGAAUUCAAAUAGCCGAGAAGUUCGUCAUUUUUCUUUCUUUUUCGUUGGCUUGAUUUUCUAUUCUUCGAUUUUUCCCUGGUCUUGUUAAAAAAGGUGUAUAUGGUUUGGAAUUUACUCAUGAACAUAUAUAAUCAAGUUGUGGUUGGUGUUCCCUCGUGCAA